AUGCCUGUUCGCUUCUGCACCUUAUUCGUUUCGCUCGAACGGCAGUGCUCAUUGCCUCUACACUCGCGAAACUUUUCAACCCUGUCAGUACCGGCAAUGACGACUGCUUCGACCUCAACCAACGACCACGCCGCGACGGCCCCGCAAUUGCCCCCGAUGCAACUCUCCGGCGCCCUAGACACGACGGCGUGUACCACUUACGAUGGCGCUUUGUUCCGAUGUCGUGUCUGUCACGACACCAACAAGUCAAGAUGAGUCUGAACUAUGGUGUGGGUCUCAAGGCGCGGUAGGAGGCGGGUCUGGUCUUCGACGGUUGCCUGCCGCGCACGCAUUGGCAGGACGCGCGCUGUUCCUAUGUGCUCCUUAUCAAUGGUCGCCCCGAUGACGGCCUCGACUAUCGUCCGAGGCGCACAGUUGCCUUCGGAGAUGUUUGACCGCCACUCGGAGUCCGUUGCGAUGCGGACCUGUGACUCGAACUGGUACAUCAUGCGGAAAUACGACUUGAUGGUUCGUUCUUUGUGGUGGUCGGGAUUCAAGGUCUCGAAGAUAAAGGGUGUCGGACCUCUCGACCAGUCAGUCGAUCAUGGCUCACGCGCUCGUCUCGGCUGCCCUCAACGUGCCCUCGAAGUGGGCUGAGCUCGCGGCCGAGCAACAGUCAUCGUAGGCCCGGGCGAUGGAGCGCCCGGUGGACGAUCUCAUCCAGGCGCGUGGCCGCAUUCAAGCCAUGGAGGCCGCAACGCUGGGGGACGAGGAUUGGAAGCCGAUUCUUCCUCUCCUCAAACCUGUAGUGGUGCGCCUGCAGCGGUAGUCGUAACUUCGGUGGUUCCGCUCAGCGCUGCGGCUGCCGCGAGCGGCAGCCUGCACCAGCGUUCGUGAACACGCGUGUUCUUUCUGUAAAGGCCAGCACGAGGCUUAUACCCACGUCGGGUCCGCAUGACCCAGUUGGCGCGUCUGUAUCACCAUCCUUUCCCUCUUCUCGUGUCGUGCCGUCACUUCCGCCUCAUGUCCGCGUACGUGUAGAUGCCUGGUCCCGACGGGCCCUGUGCCCCUUUCUGAGGUCGUUACCUCUCAGGCAUCGCGUCGCGUGCCUCCGUUCUCUGGUUCAGGGGUCGAAUCCCCCGCCGUUCGCGCCUCCUCACGUCCGCACCCGCUAACCGCUGCUCCGGCGGACUCCGAGCAUCACCGAACUGCCCAUCCACGGGGUGGGCAGGGCUCCACUCGAACCUGUCGUGGCCGGCAGCAAAGGAGUGUGUUUUGAGUCCCUGACUCGCGAGUCAGUGACACGUCUUUCUCGACUCCGUCUCCGAUUCUCGCUCCCGCUCGCCUCGAGUUUCCCGAACGAUUCGAACCGCUUCUGCGGCCCUUUGUGAGGUCGUUACCUCUCAGGCAUCGCGUCGUGUGCCUCCGUUCUCUCGUUCAGGGGUCGAAUUCCCGCCGUUCGCGCUUCCUCACGUCCGCACCCGCUAACCGCUGCUCCGGCGGACUCUCCGAGCAUCACCGAACUGCCCAUCCACGGGGUGGGCAGGGCUCCACUCGAACCCGUCUUUCUCGACUCCGUCUCCGAUUCUCGCUCCCGGCUCGCCUCGAAUUUGGCCCUCACCGCACGGUAAAUACUCGUUUCCCGAACGAUUCGAACCGCUUCUGCGGCCCUUUGUGA